UUUAAAGCUCGAAGGUACUUGACAUACAUUUAACUCAAAGAAUAACAGUUAAAACAUAAAACGAAUUGGCUUCAUUUACAUUUGAGGCUGGAGGUAGUAGAACCUACUUUUGUAAAUCUAUUUCCAUAUUCAUCUUGUAUUUUAUUUUCUUUAGUUUUGUAAAAUACAGCCUAAUAUGUAUAAGCUGUAGAUGGGUAGUGGUCAUUUUUUCAUUAUGUGUUUAAGCAUCAGGAGAGUUAGAGAUGGUUUAAAUAUAAAAUCAGUGAGCAAAUAAAACAGUUUGUUCAAAUACCAAAUCAGUAAUCUGAAUGAGAGAGCUUUGCUUCAUCUUAUGCCAGUAUCUAAUUAUGUGGGUAAAAAGUUAUUACUUACUUGCCCAGCCCAGUGCCGUCGAGUCAAUUCUGACUCAUAGUGACCCUAUAGGCUGAAUUGGUGAAAAUAAUUUGAGACUUUUUAAACUAAAAUUAAUUUUCUAUUCUUUUUAAAGUGGAAACAUGAACUUUUCCCCAGAUUAUUUCGCUUUAGUUUACACAGCAUGAAUCUGUAACAAUUGUAGAGUUUUAUUCAGCAGGUAUUGCUGUCAGUAUUUUUCUCUUUGAAGUUAAUAAAAAUGUAAUCCUACAUGAUUGCAUUUUAAUUUAUUAGUAGUGAUUCAUAGUACAUUCAUUACAAUAAGAAAGAUAGAAGAUCUUGAUUUGUAGAUCAGGGAUCACAAAUUCACAUGCCUAUGGGGACUACAAUAGGGAGUGACGUCUGGAGAUCACGGCAUAUAGGAGCAGGUAUGUUACUUGCUGCCAUGGUUAACUGUGCAGGUAUGGCUAGAGUCUUUAGAACUCCUUUUUUUUUUUUAAGGAAUUCAGCGCUCUGGAUUCUUAAUACAAAAUCUCUUUGAAUUUAAUGGUGUGGUUUUAAAAAGAGGCUUGUAGGGGACUAGCUUGCAACCUGUAGUUUUAAUCAGCUUGAGAAAACAAAGUAGUAAGUAAGAUUCCUAUUAAAAAGUUUUCUUCAAGGUAAAAUGACCAAAUUGGUCAUAAACUUUAAAAAAUUGAGGUAUAAUUUAGGUCACAUAUAUUGAAAGCUGUAUAUAUUGACUUGUGGUGACCCCAUGUGUACAGAGUAGAACUGUGCUCCAUAGGGUUUUCAAGGCUCUAGUGGUUAAGUGCUACGGCUGCUAACCAAAGGGUCAGCAGUUCAAAUCCUCCAGGUGCUCCUUGGAAACUCUGUGAGGCAGUUCUACUCUGUCCUAUAGGGUCGCUCUGAGUCGGAAUCGACUCGAGGGACCGGGUUUGGUUUGGUUUUUUUUUUUUUUUUUGACCUUUCAGAAGCAGAUCGCCAGGCCUGUCUCCUUAGGCUCCUUUCGGUGAGUUUGGACCACCAACUUUUGGCUAGUAGUUGAGAGCUUAAACAUUUGCGCCACCCAGGACUCUGAGAUGUAAUUUAUAUAACAUGAAACUCACCCUUUUAAAGUGUACAGUUCAGCGAUUUUAAGUAUAUUCACAAAGUUGUGCAGUUAUUACCACUGUCUAAUUUCAGGUCAUUUUCAUUACUCUGAAAAGAAACCUCAUAUCCCAUUAGCAGUCACUCCCUAUUCCCUCCUCCCUUCAGCCUCUGGCAAUCACUAAUCUACUGUCCCUAUGGAUUUACUUAUUCUGAUUAUUUCAUAUAAAUGUGGUUCUUUCUGUCUGACUUCCUUCAUUUAACAUACUACUUUUAAGGUUCAUGAAUGUCGUAGUAUCAGUCAGUUGGUCAUAAACUUUUAUAUUAUGUUUCCAUUGCCAUCGAGUCAAUUCCAACUCAUAGUGACCCUAUAGGACAGACUAGAACUUCCCCAUAGGGUUUCCAAGGUUUGGCUGGUGGAUUCAAACUGCUAACCUUUUGGUUAGCAUCCUCUAUAGCUCCAUAUCAUGUUUAAAACCAAACCCAGUGCUGUCGAGUUGAUUCUGACUCCUAGCGACCCUAUAGGACAGAGUAGAACUGCCCCCAUAGAGUUCCCAAGGAGCGCCGGGCAGAUUCGAACUGCUGAGCCUUUGGUUAGCAGUCCUAGCACUUAUCACUACACCUCCAGGGUUUCCACAUCAUGUUUAGGGAUUCCUAAAAAAGUUCCUAUAUUUGUGUGCUGUUUCACUGCUUCCUGUAGUGUUUGUUGAUGUUGUUGUAAGGUGCUGUCAGGUCAGUUCUCACUCAUAGUAACCCUACUUACAAAAGAACGAAACAUGUCUGGCCCUGCGCCAUCCUCAUGAUGGUUGUUAUGCUUGAGCCCAUUCUUGCAGCCAGUGUCAGUCCAUCUCAUUAAGGGUCUUCUUCUUUUUUGCUGGUCCUCCACUUUACCAUGGCAGACAGGUUUCUUCUGAGCUUCCAGACUAAGACUAGGAAGAAGGAUCUGGCAGUCUACUUCUGAAAAGACUUAGCCAGUGAAAACCUUAUGAAUAGCAGCAGAACAUUGUCUAAUAUAGUGCUGGAAGAUGAGCCCCCCAGGUUGAAAGGCACUGGAAAGAUGACUAGGGAAGAGCUGCCCUCUCAAAGUAGAGUCCACCUUAAUGAUGUGGAUGGAGUCAAGCUUUCAGAACCUUCAUUUCCUGAUGUGGCACGAUGUCUUACAUGCUUUGGACAUGUUAUCAGGAGGGACCAGUCCCUGGAGAAGGACAUCAUGCUUGGUAAAGAGAGGGUCAGCAAAAAAGAGAAAGACCCGCAAUGAGAUGGAUUGACACAGUGGCUGCAGCAAUGGGCUCAAGCAUAAAAAUGGUUGUGAGGGUGGUGCAGGAUCAGGCAGUGUUUCGUUUUGUAGUACAUAGGGUCACUGUGAGUCAGAGCUGACUUGACAGCACCUGACAACAACAAUCACCUUACCAAGCUUGAUGUCCUUUUCCAGGAACUGGUAUCUCCUGAUAGCUUGUUCAAAAUAGUGUGAGAUGAAGUCUCUUCGUCCUCCCUUCUAAGACGCAUUCUGGCUGUACUUCUUCUAAGAUGGAUUUGUUCGUUCUUUUGGCAGUCCAUAGUAUAGUUGAUAUUCUUUGCCAACACCACAACUCAAAGGCAUAUAUAUACAUAAAAUGUAUAUAUUGCAUAUAUAAUUUGGGAUGUUGUUAUGUAUGUUUUCUGAAUCUGUUUUAUAACUGGAGUUAAACUUUGCAGUAGUACUACAGGCCCGGGGCUCCCUUCUGGGUUAGUGGUCAUUAGGUGAGGGUUCUUGAUAUGUUGAAGGUUUUUAUGAACAAGCUUUUUAGUUAUCUAGUGCUCUUAUGACAGAUACCUUAAGUGGAUGGCUUUAACAGGCAGAAAUUUAUUCUGUAAGUUUAUGAGGCUAGCAGUCUGAAUUCAGGGCUCCAGCUUCAAGGGAAGGUUUUCUCUUAUUUAUCAGCUCUGGAGAAAGAUCCUUGUCAUCAAUCUCCCCCUGGUCUAGGACCUUCUCAGUGCAGAGAACCUGAAUCCAAAGGAUGCACCCAUUCCUGUUUCUUCUUUUGGCGAUAAUGAGGUCUGUCUCCUCUCUGCUCCCGUCUCUCUUUUAUAUCUCAAAAGAGGCAACCCAAUCCCGUAGAUUGUGUCCUGCCUCAUUAAUAUCAUGUUGUCGUUAGGUGCCGUCGAGUCGGUUCCGACUCACAGCGACCCUAUGCACAACAGAAAGGAACACUGCCUGGUCCUGCGCCAUCCUUACAAUCGUUGUUAUGCUUGAGCUCAUUGUUGCAGCCACAGUGUCAAUCCACCUCGUUGAGGGUCUUCCUCUUUUCCGCUGACCCUGUACUCUGCCAAGCAUGAUGUCCUUCUCCAGGGACUGAUCCCUCCUGACAACAGGUCCAAAGCCUGUAAGACGCAGUCUCACCAUCCUUGCUUCUAAGGAGCAUUCUGGUUGUACUUCUUCUAAGACAGUCCAUGGUAUGUUCAGUAUUCUUUGCCAGCACCGCAAUUCAAAGGCGUCCACUCUUCUUCGGUCUUCCUUAUUCAUUGUCAAGCUUUCACAUGCAUAUGAUGUGAUUGAAAAUACCAUGGCUUGGGUCAGGCACACCUUAGUCUUCAAGGUGACAUCUUUGCUCUUUAACACUUUGAAGAGGUCCUUUGCAGCAGAUUUGCCCAAUCCAAUGUGUCUUUUGAUUUCUUGACUGCUGCUUCCAUGACUGUUGAUUAUGGAACCAAGUAAAAUGAAAUCCUUGACAACUUCAGUCUUUUCUCCAUUUAUCAUGAUGUUGCUCCUUGGUCUAGUUGUGAGGAUUUUUGUUUUCUUUAUGUUGUUUUCUUUAUGCUGCGGUCUUUGAUCUUCAUUAGUAAGUGCUUCAAGUCCUCUUCACUUUCAGCAAGCAAGGUUGUGUCACCUGCAUAACACAGGUUGUUAAUGAGUCUUCCUCCAAUCUUGAUGCCCCAUUCUUUAUAUAGUCCAGCUUCUCGUGUUAUUUGUUCAGCAUACAGAUUAAAUAGGUAUGGUGAAAGAAUACAACCCUCACACACACCUUUCCUGACUUUAAACCAGUCAGUAUCCCCUUGUUCUGUCCAAACAACUGCCUCCUGAUCUAUGUAAAGUUUCCUUAUGAACACAAUUAAGUGUUCUGGAAUUCCUGUUCUUCACAGUGUUAUCCAUAGUUUGUAUGAUCCACACAGUCAAAUGCCUUUGCAUAAUCAAUAAAACAGAGGUAAACAUCCUUCUGGUAUUCUCUGCUUUCAGCCAGGAUCCAUCUGACAUUUCAUUGCAGUUAGGAUUUACAACACAUAGGAUAAUCACAUCAGAUCACAAAAUGGUGGGCAGUCACACAGUACUGGGAAUCAUGGCUUACCCAAGUUGACACGCAUUUUAUGGGGGACACAUUUCAAUCCAUAAUAGUAGGGUUGGCAUAUCUCAGUGAGUAGAGAGAAUAACUUAACUACUAUUUUAGUAAGUUCACAGUUAAUCCAGUACCCACUAAGGGGGUAGAACAUUGUACUUUGAACUUUGUUUAUGGAGGCACAGGGGAAGAUGAUCCUUGAAAAAUCUUGUAAUUUGGGAUACAGAAUGCAUGAAGUGCCUGAAGAACACUGAGGCCCGGAUAUUGAGGUACUUUAUAUCAAGGGUACUCCUUUUCUGCUGGAGACUGUGGGACACCCAAGAGUAUUAGCUACUGUCUCUGCCCUUAACGAUCUUAUUGGCUAUGAGAGGAGAAAAGAUGCAUAUAAAUACAGCAUGUGUGAGAUACUUCACAUGAAAAGCGUUGUGGAGGUUGAAGACAAGCAUAUAAAACAUUAUUUGAAAAUGUAAUGAACAAGUGUAUUUUAUGUUUCCUAACUUUUUGGGUAGCUUGUAUAAUACAAGGAAACCCUGGUGGUAUAGUGGUUAAAGGCUACUGCUGCCAAACAAAAGGUUGGAAGUUCUAAUCCACCAUGCGCUCCUUGGAAACCCUAUUGGCAGUUCUACUCUGUCCUAUAGGGUCACUAUGAGUCGGAAUCGACUGGACGGCAACGAGAGUUUUGGUAUAAUACAAAGUAGAACAUGGUGAACUCUAUUAAGAGAUGUAGAUAACUUUUUUCGGAAUUCAGAAAGGAGCGGAUGAUCUGAUUGUGGACAGAGGGAGGGUGUCAUGGCAGGGGAGGUAUUUUAGGUUCAGCUGGAAAUAUUUGUAAAAAGCAGACAGUUGUGCAUGGAAGCAACAAGAGGGAACCAUAAGGUCAAGCCCGAAAGAGGAUGGUGUGCCUAUGUUGGGAUGGUAAAGAGAGAGAGAGCCCUGAUUGGUGCAUGUAGUUGAAAAAGAUCGGGAGAUAAAUUACCUAGGUUAACUGUGACUACAUUAUGAAGUACUUUAAGUAUCAGGCCAAGAAGUUUGGAUUUGACUGGUAGGCAAUGAGAAGUCAUUGUAGCUGUGCUUUCUUAGAGUCUGUAAAGGACUUCGAGAGAAAUGUGCAUAUUUGUACUUAAUCAAGACGGCCCAUAACUUUCAUCAGAUUCUCAGAGGGGCCUAUGAUCCCUGAAAGUUAAAUUACCACUCUAUUACAGGUUUUAGAAGGGUAGAUUACAAAAGACAGAUAAACACCCAAGGCCAGUUGGGUGGCUAUUGCUAUAAUUCAGACUGUAUGUAAUAUGUUUGAGUAUAAACUGAGGACAUUAAGUACUAAGCAGAAGUUUGAAUGGAAGUGAAUAUAUCUUUAAAGGUCCCACAUAACCGUAUUAAUGGCUCACUUGUAAGUACAAUUGAGAGUGACCGUCAUAUAUUUUGGAAACCCUGGUGGCGUAGUAGUUAAGUGCUAUGGCUGCUAACCAAAGGGCUGGCAGUUCGAAUCCGCCAGGUGCUCCUUGGAAACUGUAUAGUGCAAUUCUGCUCUGUCCUAUAGGGUUGCUAUGAGUCAGGUUUUUUUUUUUUUAAUCAUAUAUUUUUGUUGUUGUCGUCAUUAUUUAGUCCCAGUAGGAUAAAUUAAACUUUAUGAAAAUGAAGUCAAACAUUGAUUAUGGCAGUAAAAAAGAAUCAGAUAAUCCAGGUGUUCAGAUUUGGGUUGUGUUAGGUUUUUUAGCCUUUUAUCUUGUUAUUUGAUUUUUAUUAUUCUAGUCUAACAUAAAAUUGGUAUUUAGUGAAUGUACUCUGGGGUGAAGUGACCCUGGGAAAAUGCUGUGUGUCUGGAGAGAGUAGUUUAGGAUUAAGUCUUUUUGUGUUGGGUAAUAUUCCCGGUAGACAGCCACAUGAAAUCAAAUCAGUCACACAGUAAUACUUCUGAUUGAAAACAAAAGUUAAUGAAAUCUCCAGUUACUUAGUAAUGUUUUAAACAGUUACUAGUAUGUCGUGUGCAAAUAUAAAGUUAAAAUGAUUACAACUGUCAAAUACUUUAGGUUUUAUUUCCACCAUUCCCCAUUCUUUUUUAUAUGAUAACUAUAAUUACUAACAUUCUUCUCUGUAUUUGCUGAUUGGCAUUGGAAAUAGUCUGGAUGCAGUUAUUACUUCACAGCUUUAGGGAAAAGGCCACUUAAUUUAUUAGUUUAUUAUCAACUUAAAGGUCAAUCUUUUGUACUUGUAAGGAUUUAAGGCCACAGAUAACAUUAAAACAUGCAGCAUAGGAUAAUUUAAACACUUAAGAAGUAAAAUCAUGUAAGAAAUAUUUGUUCUAAAACUUAGAAUGAGAGUUAUUACAAUUGAGGACUACAUUUAACUUUAUUCCCUGUUAUCUAAGGUAUAAAAAAAAAAGAGAGAGAUUGACUUUAUGUCUUACAGUAGCAAGCACAAAUUACUUUGAAGAGGUAGCCUUUUCUUUUGCAUCAGUUUCUGGAUUCAAAAGCUGGAUCACUAUCUCAUUUUUAGACAGCUUUAUUGAGAUAUAUUCACCUACCAUACAGUUUACCAAUUUAAAUUUUACGGUUCAGUUCACAGAAUGGAACAACUCAUUAUGAUCAAUUUUAGACCAUUUUUAUAAUACCAAAAAGAAACCCCUCGCCUCUAAGCUGUCACUCCCUAAAUCCGUAUCCUCUCCAGCUGUAGAUGACCACUGAACUGUUUUUGUCUCUGUAGAUUAGCCUCUUCUGGAUAUUUUGUAUAAAUGGGAUUAAAUAACAUAUGUUCUUUGUGAUUGUCUUCUUAUCUUUGGAGAUAUAUCUAUUAAGAUCCUUUUUUCAUUUUUUAAUUGGGUUAUUCGUCUUUUUAUUAUUGAGUUGUAGGAGUUCUUUAUAUAUUGUAGAUACAAGUCCAUUAUCAGAUAUAACAUUUAUCAGAUUUUUCUACCAGUCUGUAACCUGUCUUUUCACUUUUGUGAUGGUGUCCAUUGAAGCAUAAAAGUAUUUAAUUUUGAUUAAGCCCAAUUUAUUUUUUCUUUGGUUACUUGUUCAUUUGUUGUCAUAUCUAAGAAAUAUUUGCCUAAUUCAAAGUCAUGAAGAGUGUAGUGGGUUGAACACUGGUCCUGAAAAAGACAUGUCCAAGUCCUUACCCGAGGAUCCUGUAAAUGUGAUCUUACCUGGACAGAGGGUCUUUGUAGAUGUAAUUAAGGUAAUGAUCUCGGGAUGAGAUCACCCUGAUUAGCGUGGGCUCCAAAUCCAGUGGAAUGUCCUUGUAAGAGAUAGAAAAGGAGAAGACUGAGAGACCUAGAAACACAUGGAAGAAGGCAAUGUGAAGAUGGAGGCAGAGACUGAAAUCAUGUACCCUCAAGCCAAGGAACAGCUGGAGCCUGAGCUGCUGCAAGAGGCAAGAAAGAAGUCUCCCCUAAAACCUUUGGACGAAGGGCAGCUCUGUGGACACCUUGAUUUUAGACUUCUGGCCUCAGCUGUGAGAAAAUAAGUUUUUGUUGUAAGCUACCAAGUUGUAAUUUGUUAAUGGCAGUCCUAGGAAACUAGUACAAAGAGUUGUAUAGUUACAGCUCUUACAUUUUGGUCUGUGAUCCAUUUUGACUAAGUUUUGCAUAUGCUAUGAGGUAGGAGUUUAACUUCAUUUUUUUGUGUGUCUGGACUAUUAAAUUGUCUUGGUAUCUUUGUCAAAAAUCAACUGACUGUAAAUGUGAGGAUUUGGUUCUGGACUCUCAAUUCUGUUCCACUGGGCUAUAUCAGUACCAUACUGUGUUAAUUACUUGUUGAAAAGUGUGAGUCUCCCAACUUUAUUCUUCUUUUUCAAGAUUAUUUUGGCUUUUCUGGGUUACUUGCAUUUCCACAUAAAUUUUGAGAUCAACUUGUUAAUUUCUGCCAAAAAGGCUGUUGGACUUUGAUGGGAAUUGUAUUCAAUCUGUAGAUCAGUUUGAGGAAUACUGCCAUCUUAGCAAUAUUGUCUUUCAGCCCAUGAACGUGGGAUAUCUUUCCAUUUAUUUAGUUUUUUUUUUUUUUUUAAUUUCUUUCAAUGAUGUAGUUUCAGAGUACAAGUUUCUUAAUUUUAUUUUCGGAUUGUUUAUUGUAUAUAGAAAUACAGUUGUCUUUUGUAUAUUGCUCUUGUGCCCUGCAACUUUGUUGAACUUGUUUAUUAGUACUAAUAGUUUUGAGUGGAUUCCUGAGCAUUUUCUGUAUAUGAGAUCAUGUCAUCUGUGAAUAGAGAGAGUUUUACUUCUCUCCAGUCUAGCCCUUUAUUUCUUCCUCUUGAUGAAUUGACCUGAGCAGAAUCUCCAGGACAGUGUUGAAUACAAGUGGUGAGAGUGGACAUCCUUAUCUUGUUGCUGAUCUUCUGGGGAAAGCGUUUAGUCUUUUAUUUUAAGUAUGAUGCUAGCUGUGAGUUUUUCAUAGAUGGCCUUUAUCAGUUUCAGGAAGUUCCUUUCUAUCUCUAGUUUGUUGACUGGUAGCUUCUUAUACAUGGAUAAGAAGUUCCCACCUUGGGUCCAUGAUAAAGCCAUAUAACUAGAAGGAAAAAUCCCCUGGCUUUAGCCAAGGUCAUAUAUUGUCAGAAUUUGUCCAUUCUCAAGACUUCUAAAUAUUGCUUUUUUAUUAGUGAUGCUCAAAUUUGUGAUUCAGGUUUUGAAUUUUCCCCUAAGUUCUAAUCUCUGUGACAUUUGCUUAUUCAGUAAUUCCAAUUAGCUACCAGCCUGUCAUUCCAAAUUCAGCACGACUUUAUUCAUGCAUUCAUUUGAUUGAUUCAUUUAUUGUACAUUGAAUGCUAUUCCAGGGUCCAAAGGAUACAAGAAUAUGUUUGGAGAAAUGUCUGAGGUAAGAAUGGCUCUAACACAGAGGACCUGGCGUGUCAACAGAGGACCCUCUUGGAGAUACGCAGGGGCCGUAUCACGAAGAUCCUGGAAAUUUUGAAUUGGGAAUGGUGAAAGUCAGAAAGAACCUACUUUCUUCCUAAGCAUGGUAUGCUAAAUCUGUUACCAGACCGUUUUGAUUGCUGUGGCUGUAUAAUAUGUUUUCUACUGGUCAAGUUUUGAUGUCCUAUCAAAGAAGAAUAUCCACAAUUAUCUGAAAAGGCUGUUUUGUGACUUGUGGAAUUAAAGAGAGAGAUGCCUGAAAACUAGAGACAGAGAAGUAUAUUUUUCAGAAAGGGGAAGAAGGAAGACUAUAGAGCUUGAUAUGGCCCUCAGGAUUUGUUUUUAGGAAGACAGGAGGAAAGGAAGACAUCUCAGGAUCCCAUUUCGAGGGUCCUUUGGCUACAUUUCCGCUGUCAGAACAUUUUCUCCAAGAUUCCUGGGCCAGACACCUGGAUUUCCAGAUGGGUUUUGUAGUCAAGGAGAUUUUAUAGAGGGGAGGUAUUUCAGUUAUGUAGAAAAGUUCAGUUAUCUAAAGAAUUUAUUUUAUAAAAUACCACAAAACUUUGUGACUUAAAACAACAGCAGUUUAUUACUUUUCAUGAUUUUGUGGACUGACUAGUAUCAGCUGGGUGGUUUUGUUCCACAUGGUGUAGCUGAGGUCACUCAUGGGCUACAUUUAGCUGGAAGCCCGGCUGGGACUAGGACAUCUAAGGUGGCCUCUCAUUCUCUAAUACCUCUCACCAUUUGGUAAUCUAGCCCAAGUUUCUUCAUACCAUGGCAUUUAGUUUCCAAGAAGGAACAUUUCAAGAGGACAAGCCCCAAGAUGCAAGCACUAAUCAAGCCUCUGGUGGCAUCGUUUUGCUAAUGUCUCAUCGGCCAAAGCAAGUCACAUGAUCAAGUCCAGAGUCAGUGUGGGAGGAGGCUACACAAGGGUGCAAGCACCAGGAGGUUUUGUUCACUGGAGGCCACCACUGUAACAAUUUACCACAAGUGAGCAGGGCAAUUUUGCACACCAGGUCUCCUCAGUUGUCAGUGCUUAGGUAUGGAUGCAUAACCUAAGAUCUGGUCCUUGACUUUGCAAUUCCAGAAACUCUAUGUGAUUAGGGGUUCAUGCUUAGCCCCAUGCUUUUAUCUGAAAUUGCCUCUCAUCAUCACUUGAAGACGUGAAUUUAGGUUGUCAUAGUUUUAUCUCAGGACUCUGUUUUCUUGGCCACAGAUGGUUGAACCAGAGUGGACACCUGACCUAUGAUUCUGUUGGCUGAGCUGGCCCAGUUGGACUUUCUCCUAUGACUUUGGAAUGGGAAUACUGAGAGACUAAGACCCAAACUGGUGAAGAGAUUAUAGAAGAUCUAGAUACUCUAAAAUGAGUUUGGAAAUAUAUCUUAACUCCUGAGAUGACUAGAAAAUGAGACUGCUAAACCAUAGUUUAAGUGGUUAAAUGCUAUAGCUGCCAACGAAAAGGUCGGCAGUUCGAAACCACCAGGUGCUCCUUGGAAACUCUAUGGGGCAGUUCUACUCUGUCCUCUAGGGUCGCUAUGAGUCAGAAUCGACUCGACGGCAGUGGUUUUAAACCAUAGUUAUUAAGAGAUUGGCUGCUAACCAAAAGGUUGGCAGUUUGAAUCCACCAGCUGCUUCUUGGAAACCCUACGGGCAGUUCUACUUUGUCCUAUAGGGUCGCUAUGAGUUGGAAUCAACAUGGUGGCAACUAGUGGAUGUAUGUUUCUGCUCAUUCUCUUAUGCUCCAUGACAAUAUCUAGCUGCAAAGGAGGCUGGGAAAUGUAAUCUUUAGCUGAGUAGCCAUGCACCCAACUACUAUGAAAGAAGGAGAAAAUAUAUUUUAGUGAAGACUUAGCUGCUGCCUCCUUCCCCCCUACCCUCUCCUCAUGCAGCAUAUAGUGUUCAAUUCAUGGUUACCUUUCAGGAGGGAGAAAGACAAGAGUGUAUUCAGAGGGAGUAAACAGGAUGAUGAAGGCCUUAAAAUCAGGCCAUAAGCAGAUUGGUUGAACACUUGGGGAUUGUUAUAUUGAAUAUUUAGGAAAUGAAAUGGCUGCCUUUGAAUGUUUUAUGUGCAAAAAGAGAUAAAGGCUAUUCUCUACAGCCUCCAGGAGUAAAUAUAAUGAGAGGAAGCUAACCAGUAACCAGUUGCCAUCAAGUCAGUUCUUGACUUGUGGCUCAGAGAAAUAUAUUUAUGUUCAUUAAAAGAAAAGAAGAUUCUAGCAGAGUUGUCCAGAAUGAUUUACACCUCAGGUACAUUUUGAACUAGAAGAGACAAAAAAAAAAAAAAGUUUAUUGAGUACCUGUUAUGUGCUCGACACUAUUGAGGCACUUUCACAGAUUUGUUGCUUCCAACUCUGAGAGUCUAUUGCAGCUCCACAUACUUUUCUCCAAACCCUAUUUUUUGUGACUCACUGACAAGCCUACAAAGACCAUAUAUGAGUUAAAUUUGUGGGGUAGAACAUCCUAGGAUAAACCCUGGAGGGUGUUGUGUAUGUUCUAGUUGUGAGUUCUAUGGUAGAUGGAGAAGUUGGCCAGGGUGCGGAAAGAAGGAAGCAUAUCACUUAGUUAUUUUCUGAUUUUCAGCGGCAACCUGAGGUCUUCCAGAAGGGGUUAUAUAGUCCUGACCAGCACAGCUUUGUGGCGGCCCUCCUGUCUGCCAUAUUAUCACACUGGUGAGCCCAGAGAGUGCUGCCAAGAAGUGUGAGAGGGCUGCUUUGAAAGCUCUGUCCAAUGUACGAAUAUCCAGUGUCUUCCACAUAGCUCCUGUGGGUACUGGUGGGAGACAAGAUACCUUUCUUGAUAUGAGUUCCUGGUGGUUUACUGGAGUCAACAAGAGUGUUUUGUUAUUCCUUGUACUUCUGGAUCCAAAGUUCUAAGGGAACAGAGGGGCCCCCAAAUCUGCAAUUCACAUAAACAAAUUAAAGUGACAGAGUAACAGGAAAUGGGCCAGGGCGCAGAAACAAAGACGUUCACCAGAACCAUGGGGCAGGGUAUCAGAAACUAGCCCACAAACUUCUUUAAAGUUGUCUCUCAGAAGCAGCCAGAUGAAACGAGCCCCCAGAGACAUGCCCCCAGAGACACGCGUAGAACAUUGACCUGUGACUGCUGUGUGACCUUUCACCAGGGGCAGCGAAGGGCUGCAGCUGCAGCUGCAGCUGGGUAUCAAACUCAGGGAGUGAGAGACUGUGCAGGCAUGACACCCCAUAAUAAGUCCUACUGUGAAUCCCAGAGGCCUAUGGGACAGGAGCCAUCUUAGAAAGCAGCUGCGCAUGCACCUUAGGUAGCCUAUCCCCACCCAAAACUGGCUAGUUGCCAGAAAACCCCACCUAUGCCCCUGAAUAAACAUGAAUCUUUUUCCUGCUCAAGUAUUUUUAAAAGCCCUUGAAGUCCUUCGUUCCGUGAGACGGGGAUAAGCGUUGCCUAGGCCUUCCUUAUCUCUGCUUGCAAGCCUCUUCAAUAAAGCUUUGCUGGUGUGCCUUACCUGCUCAUUCUUGACCAGCGAGAGGCAAAAACCUUAUUUAAUUAAAGGCAUAGAGACUCUGGCAACAGUUCUGAAUCUCCUAAAUAUUUCUACUUGUUUGUCUUUGAUUGAACACUCACCUCGGUCAAUCCUAAGCUCUAAUAUUAUGCUGGUCUACCAGUAUGGACACUAAGUGACAAAGUUUUAGGAAGGGACCCUAAAACUUUAAACCUCCUUGAAGCUUGUUAUAAACUUUAGUGUUUAUGUGCCCACAAGUAAGAAUUUCCACACUUCCCUGGGAAGUUGGGGAAGAGCUAAGAGAUUGAAGUAGAAAUGUAUUUGGACAUAAAAAUAUUUUAGUCAAGCUGUGAAGAAGCUGCACAGGGGAUGAUUUGAGGCCCCUGGAGCCAUCAAGUAGCAUGAUUGACAAUACUGUUUGGAGAACAAGGGUGUCCUUUGUGAACAGUUCCUCACACUUACCCACACUCCACCUUCCAGCCCUGUCUCUGUGUCUUUUAAAUCUAGUACCUCAGAUUUGGUUAGAUGAUAAUAGACGCUUGUCAUGCCCAAGUGAAAGGUUCCAAAGGGAGGUUGGAAGGGUCUUAUAACCCUGAGGAAGAAAGGGGAUGUUUACAGCCCAGUUGAACCUAUCCAUCUAAAGAGCUUUAGCCAGCUUCCUCCCAGAUGGCCUAAUGGAAAGCACACUUCAUCACAGCAAGUGACAAUUUUUUCCCAAAAAAAACACAGAAGGUAGACUUAAAUGAAAAAGGCAUAUUCUUUCAAUUCACUUCCUAAGGCCCUCUUACCUUUUGUCUUUAGCCUACUUGUAAUAAGUGCUAUCAAAUUAGCCAAGAAUGACUCUAUCUGAGCAUCCAAGAGUAGGGGCCUGUCUACAGAAAUUAGUGCCUAUGGCAAUUAGUUUUAAAUAGCUGAACGAUCUCUCACAGCUGGCAGUGGAAACUUCGAUGGCCAAUAGAAACUGCUCAUUAGAGCCCCUCCUCAAGCUGCACUCAGGGUACACACCCUACUUGCCAUACCAUAGUUACACCUCUGUCAAGAGGAGUGAAACCAAAGAGAUUGUGGAAAGGAAGCAGCAUUUCCUAUUUGCCUGGGAUGAAAGAUGGAGAAUGCUGGCAGCCAGAUCACCAGCCAACACAGUCUUGGGACACACAGUCUGGGAUGUCUUGUAGUCCGCCGAGACACUACGGGUUGUGGUUAAAACUGUGCUGAGAAGUUUGGUGAUUUAUCCCCCAGUUCAGUCCCCUAGAUGGUUUCCUGAGAAAACAAGCAAACUCAGUCCGGUUACUCCCACACAACUUCAAAAGGACAAACACCUAGCCCAUGAAGUGGAGGUUAUGGAGCAAUGAGGUGCUUGCAGCUUAGUAAAGAUUGGACCCUUGGCACUGGGCCCUAAUCUUUGCCACGUGGCUCAUCUACCCAGCUCUACUUCAAACCCAGACAACCAAAGUAGCACCUUUAUCUAGACAGGCUCAGAUUUUUCCAACUUCAUUCAAUACAAUAAAGAAUCAUUGCGAAGCCAAAGUUCUGGAUUUCAACGCUUUACAUCUGUUCAGCAUCUUCUGUGACUACUUUCCCUCUGACCUUUCUUCUUGGAUUGAAUGCAUGACCUCACUUGCCUCUAACCACAAUAACUAGGACUCAAUGACGAUGUCUGCUUGGAAAUAAAAUUUGGCUUCGGUAGCACCUUUCUGCCUCUGUAUGGUUUAGACAUCUCCAGAAUUUUUUGUACCAGGAGACAGAAGAGGGAGAUCUGGCAAUUGGGCGCUUCUGGAAAGUCUGCUUAGUGUCAGUGCAAAGUGAGAAUUUCAUUCAUUUACCCAACAGGUGUCUACUGAGUACCUAUUAUGCCCGUAAAUUAUCCUAUGUACUGACAGAGAAUACAGCCAUAAGCAAGAUAGAUAAAAAUCUCUUCCCUCAUGGGGUUUAUAUUCUAGAAGAAAGGAGAUAGACAAUGAACAUAUAAACAGAUAAAAGGAUAAUUUCAGAUAGCCAUAGAGCUAUGAGUAAAAGUGAAAAAAUGUGAUGAGAGAAAAUUGCUGAGACUAAGAUUUGGUAGGGUGGUAGAAGACCGCUCUGGGGAACAUAGCAUUUAAGCUGAGACUUAAAUAAUAACAUGAUUUGGGGAAAAGAGUAUUCUGGACAGAAAAAACAGCAAGCACAAAGGCCUUAAGGUGGGGACAAGCUUAGUUGUUCAGGAACAGAAAGGACAGUGUGGCUGGCGUGAAAGAAAGGGAUUUCAGAUGAAGCCCAAGGGUAUGCAGGGGCUAGAUCAUGUGAGAUCGUAGGCUGUGAUAAGGAAUAAAAUUUGCUUGCCUGAUGUAGACAGAUGAUUCAAAUUCUUGGAAAGCCUCAAAGGGAAAUAAAAUACAGUAGUAAUUGUGGGAGAGGCAGUAUAACCUAGUGGUUAGGGGUCUAGACUCUGGAAACAACUCUCUGGGACUACAUGCCAGCUGUACCACUAUGCUGUGUGAGUUUAGCAAAGUGACUUAACCUCUCUGGGCCUUGGUUCCUUUACCUCUAAGGUGGGGAUAAUAAUUCAUCCUCACAGAUACUAUUUUGCAUUGAGGAUUAAAUAAAUUUAUCUCUCUAAGUUUUUUUUUUUUUUAAGAUGCUUAGAACAAGGCCUGGCAUGUACUAUUUGCUCGAGUAUUUUAGUUGUUCCAUUGUUGUUGAUGUUAUUAAUAUUAUAGACUUACUACUAAUGGGAAAAAGACUUUCAAUGAGCUCUUCACUAUGUUCUGCUUUAGUUUUAAAAAUUAGUUGAGUUAUGUUGUCAUAGAUUGCAUUAUCUGUCUUUAACUCUUCCUUCCUUCCCUUCUCCUGCCCUGACUUCUCUGGGUGGAGUGUAUCUCCUUAUUCCACUGACUUUGGGCUUGGUCAUGGGUUAAAGAUUGAAUUGUGUCCCCCAAAAUAUGUGUUGGAAUCCUAACGCUAUACCUGUGGGUGUAAUUCUUUUGGGAAUAGGGUUUUCUUGUUGUGUUAAUGAUGCCAUUUCAGUGUAGGGUGUGGCUUAAGCCUAAUUACUUCUAAGUUAUAAAAAGAGUAGAUUAGACUCUUACAAAGCUGAUUAGACUUAGAAGCAAGCACAGAUGGAGGGAGGAUAAAUGCCACAUGAAGAUUGCCAAGGAACCAAGGAACACUGGGGCUACAGAGGCUGAUACAAGGAUCUUCCCCCAGAACAGCAAAGAGAGCCUUCUCCUACAGACAGCGCCCAAAUCCAUUCUCCGCCAUCUUUGCUCUCUGCACCUCUUGUUUUAGCUUAAAAUUUCUGAGUGGGUACUACUUAUUAAGUGAGCCUAAGUCAUGUGUUUCAGCUUUCAGGAUAACCUGGGAAUUGCCACAUAGUGGGCAGUAACAUCUGUGACCACCAGCCUCGACCCAGUGCACAGCUAUUCAGCUGAAACACAAGAAUACAGCCAAACCAGCUGUUAAAAUAUUUCCAUGCCACUUGUAAGUUAUCACUACUCCUAGUCCCCCAAGUGCCCCACCAACAUGCAGGAAACCUCAGCCCUCCCCCAAGACAUCCUAGACCACUCCUUUGAUUCAGCAGCUGAAGGGUUAAUGCUUGGAGCAAUAAGAAACAAUAAGGAUUCUCCCCUAGCUGCUGUGGCAGAGAGUAAUGCCAGUGAUCUCUGGUUAUGAAAUAUUUUGGUUCCCCCUCUGCAUAUGGGUCUUCUGCUACACCAGGUAAACACUCUAGUGGGCAUAGGGUAGAAUGGAAAGAGUCAUGGGUCUGGCCUUCCACAUCAUGCCAGGUCCCGUCCAUCCUGCUACAAGAUGAGGCUGUUUUCCUGCCAUCCCAACAUCAGUACCUGCUUGUCAGGCUUGAGCCAAAAUGCUUCCAUAAGUCAUGGCCAUCUGUGAGUGGAAUCUAACAAGGGGAAACCAGGACCGUGGAGAAGUGAUGAUUUGUGGUGCUUACUAUGAAAUGCGUAUGCCACAGGUAUUUGGCUUGCAAUAAUUUGUGUUUAAGGUCCAGAUCCAGUACCUAUAAAACCCUGUACCUAGAGCCCACAUGAAAGGAAAGCUAAACUUUGUCUUCGUUCUUGCCAGACCCAUUCACACACACAGGCUUAUAUGGGAAAGAACUGCAUGGUAUCUUCCAUUCUGUGUAUAUUUUCCAGGGUAGUCAGAUGUAGGAGGAAAAUGUAUUUAACUCAGUGAGGGAGUUCAGUUUGUGAAAGAAAACUCCUGUGGGAGGGGGAAAGACUGACAAGUCACAGGGAAUUAGACAAGCUCUCCAAGUCUGCAGAGGAGCUGCAGUUCCAGCUUCCCUUAUGCUGUGGCCCAUCUCAGGAAAUAAAGUGGUCAAGUUUGUUCAGGGACCGCUGCCCACGCUCCAUCACUGAAGUGUGGUCCAAUGGUCAGGAAGGUUCAGGAAAGUAAGGACUGCCCCGAUAUGAGACCCCCAUCCCUUCUAAACAGACUGCUGAGCAGUAAAACAGUUCCAACAUUGAGGGACUUUGUUUUUCAUCAUCACUUUUUGCCUGUGAACAUGGCUCGGCUGUAGUCAUAAGGUCUCUGGUUGGGGUUAUUCUGCAGGAAGAUGGACUAAAAAAGUGGGGGUGCCUGUGUGUGUGUUGAGCUAAAAGAGAGAGGAAGGAGAGGAGAAAGACAAUGGAAAAGAAAACUAAAGCAGUAUUUGAGGCAUAUGAAGGGAGAAAGACUAAGAAAUUUUCUUUCUUGGCUUAACUGAAACAAUGAAACAGAGCUGAGCUUUCAGUACCCAAAGACCACUGUAUAAGGGGACUUCAGGGGGAUCACUCAAUGGUGAUCAGUGAGCUAGAGCAACCCAGCCCGGGGUUGGGGCAGAGGCCACGAGGCUCAUGUGUUGGCCACUCUGUCUCCCCUUUCAUCUCUAGGUUAGACCUGAUGACCAGCAUCUAACACCUGGUGUUCCCUGACAAGGUGGAGAUAGCCUGUUGUUUUUUAGUCUUUAACUAUUGUCAUUUGUACUCAAAUCUUCUGCAAAAGACCUCUUUAAAGCAUUAAAAAGCAAAGGUAUCACUUUGAGGACUAAGGUGCCCCUAACCCAUGCCUGUUGUUUUUUAGUCUUUAACUAUUGUCAUUUGUACUUAAAUCUUCUGCAAAAGACCUCUUUAAAGCAUUAAAAAGCAAAGGUAUCACUUUGAGGACUAAGGUGCCCCUAACCCAUGCCAUGAUAUUUUUAGUGACCUCGUAUGCAUGCCAAAGCUGUACAAUGAAUAAGGAAGACAGAAGGGAUAUCUCGACAUGCCCCACAUCACUGGACCCCUAGAAAUUUCACCCCUAGAAUAAUCCCUGAAUUUUUGUGGGAUUAAUUUCCCACCCUAUAGCAUGCAACCAUUUUGCCAGUAAGUCCAGAGUCAGUGACACGUCUUCCUUACUAGGUCCAGUCAGUGUAAUGGACCCAUGUGAUGUCUUGUGGAAGGGAAAGGUGAUAAAGUUCCCUGCAGUGUAAAUUAUGACGUAUGGCUGGAGAGUUGUAGCCAUGAGGUAGGGAACUGAAGGUGUAUUGCUCAUGCAGUUGUUGUAGUGUUGUUGUUAGGUGCCAUCGAGUCGGCUCCAACUCAUAGCGACCCUAUGCACAACAGAACAAAACACUGCCCGGUCCUGCACCAUCCUUACAAUCGUUAUGCUUGAGCUCAUUGUUGCAGCCACUGUGUCAAUCCACCUCGUUGAGGGUCUUCCUCUUUUCCGCUGACCCUGUACUCUGCCAAGCAUAAUGUCCUUCUGCAGGGACUGGUCGCUCCUGACAACAUGUCCAAAGUACGUAAGACACAGUCUCGCCAUCCUUGCCUCUAAGGAGUAUUCUGGCCGCACUUCUUCCAAGAUGGAUUUGUUCGUUCUUUUGGCAGUCCAUGGUAUAUUCAAUAUUCUUCGCCAACACCACAAUUCAAAGGCAUCAACUCUUCUUCAGUCUUCCUUAUUCAUUGUCAAGCUUUCACAUGCAUAUGAUGCGAUUGAAAGUACCAUGACUUGAGUCAGGCGCACCUUAGUCUUCAGGGUGACAUCUUUGGUCUUCAACACUUUGAAGAGGUCCUUUGCAGCAGAUUUGCCCAAUGCAACGCGUCUUUUGAUUUCUUGACUUUCCUGCCAUGGCUGUUGAUUGUGGAUCCAAGUAAAAUGAAAUCCUUGACAACUUCAAUCUUUUCUCCAUUUAUCAUGAUGUUGCUUAUUGGUCCAGUUGUGAGGAUUUUUGUUUUCUUUAUGUUGAGGCACGAUCCAUACGGAAGGCUGUAGUCUUUGAUCUUCAUCAGUAAGUGCUCCAAGUCCUCUUCACUUUCAAGAAGCAAGGUUGUGUCAUCUGCAUAAUGCAGGUUGUUAAUGAGUCUUCCUCCAAUCCUGAUGCCCCGUUCUUCUUCAUAUAGUCCAGCUUCUUGUAUUAUUUGUUCGGCAUACAGAUUAAAUAGUGGUUUUGGGUGAAAGAAUACAACCCUGAUGCACCCCUUUCCUGACUUUAAACCAAACAGUAUCCCCUCGUUCUGUCCAAACAACUGCCUCUUGAUCUAUGUAAAGGUUCCUCACGAGCACAAUUAAGUGUUCUGGAAUUCCCAUUCUUCUCAAUGUUAUCCAUAGUUUGUUAUGAUCCACACAGUCAAAUGCCUUUGCAUAGUCAAUAAAACAGAGGUAAACAUCCUUCUGGUAUUCCCUGCUUUCAGCCAGGAUCCAUCUGACAUCUGCAGUGAUACCCCUGGUUCCACGUCCUCUUCUGAAACCGGCCUGAAUUUCUGGCAGUUGUAGAGAUGAGAAUCUCCCAAGUCCAUGGGUCAGGAAAGAGCCCUCUGAUUCACAUAGGCACAGGAGCUGUAAACCCAAGAUUGGCAGGCCAGAGAGCAGGGCUCUUGCUCACAGUCUGUGAAAAUGGGCAAAUCUCAAGAUUGGCAGGAAGACCACAGGUAAGCUGCUAGCUCAAGUCCCAAGAACUGGAGGUUAGACAAAUGGCAGCCAGCUGCAGAGUCCAGAACGAGCAAAAGCCCCCGAGCCCUUUCUGAAUGUCUGCCCACACUCGAUGCAGGCUACAUGCCCAAGGAAGCUCCCUUCAACUGAUUGGCUACUAACAGCAGAUCCCAUCAUGGGGCUGAUCACGUAUUAAAUCUCAAUAGAGAAGUGAUCACAACAUUAUAGGACUGCCAAAACACUGAGAAUCAUGGCCCAGCCAAGUUAACACACAAUCUUAACCAUCACAGAUCUUGACCUCCUUGCCCUUCCACAAGACAUCACCCUGGUCCAUUACAUUGAUGACAUUAUGCUGAUUGGACCUAGUAAGAAAUAAGUAUCAAUGAUGCUAAACUUAUUGGUAAGACAUUUGUAUGCUAAAGGGUAGGAAAUUAUUCCAACCAAAAUUCAUUUCCUCUAUACCUCAGUGAAAUUUCUAGGGCUCCAGUGGUAUGGGGCCUGUCAAGAUAUUCCUUGCAAAGUGAAGGAAAAGUUGAUGUAUCUGGCCCCUCCCACAACUUAAAAGGAGGCACAGCACCUGUUGGGCCACUUUGGAUUUUGGAGGCAACAUAUCCCUCAUUUGGGUGUGCUAUUCUAGCCUAUUUAUCAAGUGACUCGAAAAGCUGCUAGUUUUGAGUGGGGCCCAGAACAAGGGAAGGCCUUGCAGCAGGUUCAGGCUGAUGUCCAAGCUUUUCUGCCACUUGGGCCAUGAGAUCUGGCAGAUCCAAUGCUUUUGGAAGUGUCCAUGGCAGAUAGAGAUGCUGUUUGGGAUCUUUGGCAGUCUCCUGUUGGUGAAUCACAGUGCAGACCCUUAGGAUUUUGGAAAAAAGCCCUGCCAUCCUCCACAGAAACUUGUUUCUCCCAUAGCCAGGAUUCAUGGGUCCAGGAAUCAAGGGAUGGAAACAGAAGUGGCACCAUUCCCUAUUACCCCUAGUGACUCACUUGCAAAAUUUUUGCUUCCUAUCCCCAAGACACAAGGGAUCUUAUCCCCAAGACCCAAGGGAUCUUAGUUUCAAAGUGAGGAAUGAUCCCAGCAGGAGGCAAAACACUGAUUGAACUGGAAGUUAAGAAUGCCACCUAGUCACUUUGAGCUCCUCGGCCUCUGGAUCAGCAGGCAAAGAAAGAGGUUACCAUAUUGGCUGGUGUGAUUGAUCCUGAUUACCAAGGGGAAAUCAGAGUGAUAUUGCAUAAUAAAGGUAAAGAAGAGGGUUUCUGGAAUACAGGAGAUCCCUUAGGACAUCUCGUAGUACUACCAUGCCCUGUGAUUAAAGGCAAUGGAAAACUACAGCAACCCUAUUCUGACAUGAUUGCUAAUAGCCCAUACCAUUCAGAAAUGAAGGUAUGAUUCACCCCACCAGGCAAAGAACUAUAAUCAGUUGAGGUGCUUGCUGAGGGUAAAGGGAAAACAGAAGGGGUGGUAGAAGAAGGUAGUUUUAAAUACCAGUUAUGACCACUUGAUCAGUUGCAGAAAUGAGGACUAUGAUUGUUAUGAGUAUUUCUUCCUUGUAUGUGUGCAUCAAAUAUUUCUGUUUUCUUCACUUAAAAAAAUAGAAGAUGUAAAUGGUACUAGUGCAGUUAGGCCAAGAGGGGAAGUGACUUUCCCAAGAUCACAGCACCAGAACCCAGCCCUGUUUGAAGGUGUACUCCAUGCAUGCUGCUUCCCGCUCCUGCUUGAAAUUCUUCCAUCUCUGAGCUUGUGCAUUAGCUACAGGGGCAGAUAUUCCAAAAGGCAAGGUAAGUGUGGUGAACACCACACCUUGAUGUGGUGAAGCCUAUGUGAAACUGUUCACUACAGAUUAGUAAGUAAGCACAGGUAAACUUGUGCCUACCUUGCUUACUGGGUCAUCUGCCCCCAUCAGGGAUUGUAAAUGGAAAAAGAGGCUUUGAUUCUGUAGGAAGGUUCUGUGGGGUUGGGAGAGAGACAGAUGCCAGCCAUACUUAGAAGCAGAGUCUUUGAUGUGGUGAAAAAAUGUGAAAAUGUUCAUUACAGUUGAUCUGGUAACCAGUAAGCCCUGUACUUACCUUGCCUAUUGAAUAAUCUGCCCCUGAUUAGCUAAGUGCAACAUCAGCCCACGGGUUCUUAUCUCACAAACACUUGCUAAUGUCCCUAAGAAGAAGAUGCUAGAAUGAUGCCCACCGUGUGGAUGGGGGGAAUGGGAAGGCUCUGAGAAGCACAGAGACUUGUCUAGGAUUGCACACUGCUUAAGAGGGAUGAGCUGUGUCUGAACCCAGAUCUGUCUGCUGCACCCAGGCCCUCCCCAGGUUCUGUGGGGGAAUGGGGGAGGGCUGUGUUGGUGUCACUGUGUACAGUUAUGGAGAUGGCAUGGGGAGAGGUGAGCAAUCAGCAGCCCAGAGGAGACUUUGGGGAGGUCUCAUCUGAGGUAGGGCCCAGGUCAGGGGACCUAGAACAUGACCUCACUUCCUUGACACCAGAGUAUGUAGAACUUGGAACCCUGGUAACCAGGCACCCACAUCGUAAACAAAGCCCCCUACCCAGCUCAGUUGAGUGGAGACGUUCAAACUGAGAACAUGUUUUCUUGUUGUUUCUCAUCCCCUGUUGAACCGAAACUUGAGAAACCCAAGAGUUCGACCCUGUCCCGAAGCCUGAGACAUGGUCUCAUAUCCCACCCCCAAAGGCUCUGGCCACUUUCCAAAAGGAACCCGAAGAACCAGGUACAGAAGAUCCCCAAGGAAAAGGAGAAUGGCAUCACCCAGCCAGGGUCCAGGAAGGGCUGUGUGUCUGUGGUUCUGAUGAGGGCCUGGAUGAGGCCCAGGUGAUGAAAACCUUCAGGGCAGGCUCACUGGAGAAGCUGGUGGACCACCUGGUGCUCAUAUUCCUAAAGGGUAACUUCUCCUACAUCAGAACCUUCCUGGGAACCUAUAGAACCUAUGCCACCACCCAGCAUGUCCUAGACCAGCUGCUCCAAAGUGCCACCUCUUUUAUCCUGGGCACAAUGCUGAAGGAAUACUCAGAGGAUUUCAAUCAGCCCCCAUAAUUCCCCUGCCUAAAGCUCGCGGUGGAGUAUGUGCAGGUGAACAUGCCAGGCUCACAUCUGGAGCACCGUGCCCAACUUCUCUUGGCCCAGCUGGAUCAAAUGGAGGUCACUGAGACAGAGCUGGAGGCUCCAGAGCGAAGGCCAGGGCAAGUUGUAAAAGUAGCUCAAGAUCCAUCUUUGCCCCAAGAACUGGCUCCUGCACCAUGUCCUGGGGUAUAUUCUGCUCCUGUACUGGCACCGGAGCUCCAUAGCACACCACCUAUUACAUCCCCAGCUCCAGCACCGGCACCAGAUGGAGAGCCAGCUGGAGGGGUGGGUUCGCAUCCAGGGUCACCUCCAGAACUGGCUCCCACACCACUGGCUAAUGUCAAUCCUACUCCUGCUACAACACUGGAGCUCCAUACCACACUAGCUAUUUCAUCACCAGCACCUGCACUGGAACCAGAUGAAGAGCCAGCUGGAGGGUCAGAGUCUUAUCCUGGACCACCUUCAGAGGCAGCUCCUGGACCACUGGCUACUGUCAAUCCUGCUCCUGCUCCAACACCAGGGCUCAGUGCAGCCCAGGCCCUCCUCCAGCUCCAUCACCAGCAUCAUAUGGUCAACAGGAUGGAGAGGUGUAUUCCCAUCCUGGGCUACUUCCAGAACCGGAACCUGGACCACCAGCUGAUGUCGAUCCUGCUCCUGCUCCAACACAGAAGCUCCGUGGAGCACCAGUUGUUCCAUGACGAGCUUCAGCUGUGGCAGCAGAGGGAUAAUCCCAUGGACUUUCGGAUUCUUAACCUGGGCCACCUGCAGAGCCAGAGGAUGGACAACCUGGUGAUAUGGAUCCUGGUACUGAACGGACACUGAAACUCAAUAGAGCAUCGCCAGCUCCAGCGCUGCCACCACAUGGAGAGCUGGAUUUUUACCCUGGGCGACUUCCAGAACACAUUGAAGGAAAACUUCAUGAGUUACAUUCUGUUCUUGCAGCAACAUUGGAGCUGGGUACAUCAACAGGUCCUCCAUCAGCAAGUUGAGCAGACAGAGAGCCUGCUGGAAGAUCGGAUUUUCUUCCUCGGCCAACACCAUAAUGGGCUCCUGGACCACCUGGUGAGGUUGAUCAUGCUCCUGGACUAACACUGGAGCUCCUUAGACCACCAUCACGAGCUGCUUCACUGGCACCAGAUGAAGAGCCAGCUGAAGGGUCAGAGUCUUAUCCUGGGAUACAUCCAAAACCUGCUCCUGUACCACCUACUGAUGUUGAACCCACUCUUGCACCAAAAUCAAGCUUCACUGGCACAGGUCUUCCUUCUCCAUUUUCAUCACCGACACUAGAUGAAGGGCCAGCUGGAGGGGCGGAUUUCCAUCCUGGGCCACUUCCAACUGACUCCCAGAUAAACAGCUGAUAUUGAUCCAGCUCCUUUUCUGACACUGGAGCUCCAUACACCAUUAAGUCCUCCAUCUCCAGCUCAGUCUGGGGCACCAGAGGCCAAACUAGUUGCUGAACCUCCUCCACGGCAACUCCUUAUUGACAACCAGGGGACAUCUGCUCCAGAAGCAGACCCUUAUUUCUCCUCACCUGAGUGGGUAGUUCUUGGUUUUGUUGUAGUAUUUUCCCAGCUCAAUUUAUUCUGUAUAGUUUAUAGUAUUUUAACUGGUAGAUUUCUCAUUAAAGUUUUGUUGUAACAGCUUGCAAGUGUGUAAUAUAGUGGCUUUAUGUACUUUCACAAUCCUAUUCACCAUCAUCAGUAUCUCCUUCAGAACAUUUUCAUCACCACUGUGAUGGUUAAUGUUAUGUGUCGAGUUGGGUAGGCCAUGGUUCUCAGGGGUUUGGCAGACAUUAUGUAAUCAUACUCCAUUUUAUAAUCUGAUGUGAGCAGCCAAUCAGUUGGAAGAGGCAUUUCCUUGGGAACGUGACCUGCAAAUUAACACAUUUUCUGGGGUAUGCAGCCAUUAAUCUGGCCAAUGUAUUUUUCUCCAUUCCUGUUUUGAAGGACCACCAGAAGCAGUUUGCCUUCAGCUGGCAAGGCCAGCAGUACACCUUCACUGUCUUAUCUCAGAGGUAUAUCAACUCUCUAGCCCUAUGUCAUAAUUUAAUCCAUAGGGAACUUUAUCGCCCUUCAUUUCCACAGUAUGUCACACUGGUCCAUUACAUUGAUGACAUUAUGCUGAUUGGACAUAGUAAGAAAGAAGUAUCAAUGACUCUGCAGUUACUGGUAGAAUAUUUGCCUGCUAGAAGGUAGGAAUUAUUCCCAAAAAAUUCAGUUGUCUUCCUCCUCAGUGAGCUUUCUAGGGCUCCAGUGGUGUGGGCAUGUCAAGAUGUUCCUUGUAAAGUGAAGGAUAAGUUGAUGUAUCUGGCCUCUCCUACAACUAAAAAGAAGGCACAGCCCCUGCUGGAUGUCUUUGUAUUUUGGAAGCAACAUACCCCUCAUUUGGGUGUGCUACUCCAGCCUAUUUAUCAAAUGUCUUGAAAAACCGCUAGUUUUGAGUGGGCCCAGAACAAGAGAAGACCUUGCAAGAGGUUCAGACUGAUGUGCAAGCUGUUCUGCCACUUGAGCCAUAUGAUCCAGCUAAUGAAAUGAUGCUUGAAGAGUCACUUGCAAAUAACAAUGUUAUCUGGGGUCUUUGGCAGGCUCCUAUUGGUGAAUCACAGUGCAGAUCCUUAGGAUUUUGGAGCAAAGCCCUGCCAUCCUCCACAGAUAACUACUCUCCUCUUGUGAAACAGCUUUUGUCUUGUUACUGGGUCUUAGUAGAGACUGAACUCUUAACCAUGUGCCACCAAAUGACCAUGUGUCCUGAGUUGCCCGUCAUGAGUUGGGUGUUGUCUGACCCAUAGAACCAUAAAGCUGGAUGUGCACAGCAGCACUCCAUCAUUAACUGGAAGAGGUAUAUACGAUACAGGGCCUGAACAUGACCUGAACACUCAAGUAAUUUGCAUAAGGAAAUGGUCCAAAUGCUCAUGGUCCUCACUCCUGUCAUAUUACCUGCCCUCUCCCAGGCUACACCUAUGGCCUCACUGGGAGUGCCUCUUGAUCAGUUGCCUGAGGAAGAGAAAACUCGUGCCUGGCGCAUUGACCGUUCUGCAUAAUAUGUAGGAACCACUUGAAUGUGCGCAGCGGCAGUGCUGCAGCCCAUUUCUGGGACUUCCCUGAAGGACAGUGGUGAAGGGAUAUCUUCCCAAUGGCAAAACUUCAAGCAGUGCACCUGGUUGUUCACCUUGCUUGGAAGGAUAAAUGACCAGAUAUGCAAUUGUACACUGAUUCAUGGGCUGUGGACGAUGGUUUGGCUGGAUAGGCAGGGACUUGGAAGGAACAUGAUUGGAGAAUUGGAGUCAAGGAGGUACGGGAAAGUGGUUUGUGACAGACUUCUCUGAAUAGCCAAAGAACUCACAUUAAUGAGUGGUGACUCCUUGUCUUUUACCAGGGACCCUUGUUUCUGCAUUGGGCCUUUAGUGCAGACAAAACCCCUUAUUGCCCUAAACACCAUUGUGGAUUGAAAUUAUCAUUGCUGGGUGUUUCGUCCUGUGAUCUGCUGAACUGGAAUAAUGAAGAGAGGCAUAGUAAUAUGUGUAGGACCUUUCCCACUUAUUAGCUGUGAGAUCUUCAGGAAAUUACUGCCCCUCUCUGACCCUUGGUUUCCUCAGCUUUACAAUGGGACUAAUACUGUCUUCCUCACAUCACUAUUGUUGAGGAUUACAUUGCAAUAUUGGUGAAGCACGCAGAACGAUGCCUGGCACAUAGUAGGCAAUCAAUGAAAGGGAGUUAAAGCAAGAGAUACAGGAAAGGUGGCCUAUAUGCACGUUCAUUCUGGGAGUGCAGGGUAAAGUUGAGGGAAGGAUUUCUUGUCACCCAGGGCAUCAAACUCCUUACUAUAUAGUUGUCAGUUAGGUCCUUCCUUCCCAGGCCCCCACCUUCAAUGCCUGAAGAGGUUCAUUUACUCGAGUCUUUCCUGGGACAAGUACAGGUUUCACAAGGAAUGUCUGAACCCAUACAACGAAAUGGAAACUAUAUACAGUUUAUUGUGGUUAACAAAAUUGUGUAGUGAGUAGACCACCACUAGUUUUUCCCUCUUCCUCAAGAAAUGAAGCUGCCAAGUCAUAUUUGAGCAGAUCUUGACAUCCAGUUUUGCUAUGCAGAUGUAGGCCAUGAAUAAGACAUUUGUAUUUUAAUAGGAAAGCAGCUCCUCUUGUAGCAUGCAGAAGUGUAAGGAAGAUUUGUACAAGUUACACAAGAAACUCAGGGGUCUCCUAUCAGAGAAGGAAUUGAAUGUAUCUUAUCACAACCCACCAUGGCCAACAUCGGCACCAACCAUCACUACUACCACCACCACUACCUCCACCACCAUAACCAUCACCAUCUCCACCAUACAACCCACCACCACCACUUCUACUACCACUGUCACCACCAUCACCAACACCAAUACUACCAUUUCCACCACCACCAUCACACGACCAACCAUAAUCCUCACCAUAAUCACCAUCACCACUUCCAUCAUACAACCCACCAGCAGCAUCGCACCACCUACUGUCACCACCAUCGCCAUGCUACCCAUCACCACUUUCACCACCUCCCUUACACAACUCAUCACCACCAUUAUUACCAGUACCAUCAUCACCAUCACUCUUACCAUCAAUUUUACCACCAUCAUCAGUGAGCCCCCUGCCACCAAAACCACCCCCAUUACUCUCAAUAACAACAUCAUCAGCAUCACCACCUCCAUUACAAAACCUGUCACCACUACCAUUACCACCCUCACGUUCACCAUUAUUCCUUUCCCUGUAAUUCAGAUCUCUAAGUUUGGCCCCUAAUUCUUCUAAAUGUGUGGUGUUCACUUGACCCUGUUCAUCUAACCCCCUCUGGUGGCUAUUAUACAAAUAACAGGUCGAAGAGCAACUCAGGGCAAUGGCUGCUUUCUCUUUCAUCAGUAUUUCAUUCAUUCAUAUGAACAUCACCUACUAUACGUCAGACCUUACACUAGAUGCUAGACAUAAGAAACUAACAAAAUAGAACACUGCAGUCUAGGGUGGUAGACAAACAAGUGAAUAGAUAAUUACAAAUUAGUGAAACAAGGGUCAUGGAGAAGCAUACAGAGAAUGCUGGGAGUGUACAGAGGAUACUUGGGCUGGCCUUGGCAUUGGGUUAGGGGCAAUGAGGGAAAGUGGAGAAGCUGGGGAUUGAGAAGGGGAGGUAGAGUUCCUAAAUUCAAGGAGGAGUAGGAGAUAAGAGAAGUAAUUGGGAAUUCAGUGAGCUGCCAGGAUGCUCGUUCAAUAUGGCAGAAGUCAGAGCACAGGUUUCAAGUGAGAAGAGCAACAGGUGGGGUCAGAGAGAUUGGUUGCGGCCAGAUCACAAAAGGUGUUUUAUGUCACACUAGAGAUUGAGCUUAUAUCCUCUAGGAUAGUGGUCUCCAAAUUUUUUUGAUCAUGUUCCUCAUCAAUAAAAAUAUUUGCAUACACACCUCCAAUACAUGAAUAUUUAUUCAUUUAUACAUUUUAUACCUAGGCAGUGUAGUGUAAUGGUUAAGAGCUUGGUUUCUGGAGCCAGAUGGACUAUAUUCCAAAUCCUGGCUUCGCUACUUUUUAGAGGUGUGACCCUGAGCAAACAACCUCUGUAUCUUAGCUGCCCCAUUUUUAAACUGAGGUUAAUAGCAGACUCACCACCUCUGAGGGUUGCAGAAAGGGCCAAAUUCAGUAAUUCGUGAGAACUUAAAACAAGCCUGGCACAUGAUAAAUGUUAUGUUAACUUGCUGUCAAGUUGAUUCCGACUCACAAUUACACUAUAGGACAGGGUGUCACUGCCCCAUAGGGUUUCCAAAGUGGAUUGGUGGAUUCCAACAGCCAAUCUUCCAGUUGGCAGCUGAGCUCUCAAGCAAUGGGGCACCAGGACUCCGAAUAUUAUUCUAUACAUACACUAUUGAGUGCCAUUAUAAAAGUGGAGUUGGAAUUUAUACCUAGUAGGGGCUCCACCAGAAACUCUGGUGGCGUAACCAUUAAGUGCUACAGCUGCUAACCAAAGGGUUGGGAGUUCAAAUCCUCCAGGCGCUCCUUGGAAACUCUGUGGGGCAGUUCUACUCUGACCUAUAGGGUCGCUAUGAGUCAGAAUCGACUCAACGGCACUGGGUUUUGUUUUUGGUUAGGGGUUCCACCUACCCCAGAAAAUCUGUUUUAACACAAACUCACUUCAAAAUGUCAAGAAUUAUUUUUCAUCCUCAAAACUUCUAACUGGAAGAGCAGAUCACUUCUAAC